UUUAACGUAUAAAAGUUUGUGAGAAGUGGGCAUGCGCUCAGAUUUAGAGAGGUAAACAUCAUGAAGACUCUAUGUGUCCUGGGACUACUGGCUGUAAUUGUGGUCUCCGUGCAGGGAGAAGUGUGUAGCAAUGUCCGUGACUGCACCAUCACUCAGUGUAGCUCUGGUGGAACUAUCACAUGUGUGGCGGGAACCUGCACGUGCACCAGUCUGUGUGCUCCGGAACCUAACCUAGCCAGAUGCAGAAACCAGGAUGACUGCCGUAACGAUUACAACAAUGGUCAGAUAGCCUGCACCUGCCAGCCUCUCUCCGACCUCCACUGUAUUGACGGCAAUUGUCACUGUGGCUACCCAACGGGUGGAUAGGAUCGCUGGUGGAAACAAUCCGGAGUACUGAAAAACUGUUGAAAUAAACAUUCCGACGAUA